GUACAGGAUUAUUGAUCCACCUCCUACUGAAUCAGAAAAUUCAUUUCUUAGCUAAAAUCAUGGUUCUGCAAAGACUACUACUACUAAUUUAUCUCUUCUGCUUUUUACAAUUAAUGUCGUCCAGCACUGCUUUCGGCCAGACAAAGAAAGAUUGCCAAGCCAAAUGCGGUAAUGUUAGCAUUCCGUACCCAUUCGGAAUAACUCCGGGUGGUAAAGAUGAUCGGCGAGGUGCAGGAGGGUGCUCGAUUCACGGAGUCGGGUAUGGCUAUAACAUUUACUGCAAUAUUUCUUAUAGCCCUCCAAAGCCCUUCAUUGGCAUAGGUAACCUUGAAGUAUUAGACAUAUCAGAGACAGAAAUUCGCAUAAAGAAUCUAGCGGCUAGCAUAUGCUACAAUAGCCUUGGUGAAUUCGAAGAGAAUGUACCGACUGUCUCCACAAGUUUGUUUGGGACUCCGUUUACGUUCUCAGACACAAAGAACAGAUUGUUUGGGAUAGGGUGUGGACAUUCAGGGGUUUACUCUGGUUACGAUCUGCUCAAAAAGGAAUAUAACAGUACAUGUAAUUCAAUCUGUAACAAAAUAGGAGAGGUAAAAGAAGGGUCUUGCGACGGCCUUGGGUGUUGCCAAUUUAGCAUAGCGAAAGGGUUAAAGGAGAUUGAGACUAGUUUUUCAUGGGAUGUUAAUCCUAAGGGUGAUACGAGCUUCUUAUCCUAUAACCCUUGCAGUUCCACUUUUGUGGCUGAUUAUGAGCAGUUCAGAUUCAACUCAUCGGAUCUUUUGGCCACGCCUAGAGGCAGCGACAUUCCUAUUGUUCUUGAUUGGGCAAUUGGGAAUAAGACAUGCGAAGAAGCAAAAAAAGAUGUGGAAAAUUUUGCGUGCCAGGUAAACACUAAGUGUACCAAUUUAAACAAUAAGGUCGGGUAUCGCUGCAUUUGCUAUAAUGGCUAUAUGGGUAAUCCUUAUCUCAGUCAUAUCGAAGGCGGAGGCUGCACCAAAAUUAGUGCUCAAAUAUUUCCAACAAUAGCAGUUGCUCUAGGUAUCAGUUUGGGGCUCUUGGUCUUAUUUGCAAGCUGUUGGUUAUACUACUUGUUUUGGAAGAGAAAGAAAUUAAUCAGGCAAAGAGAACAAUUCUAUCAGCAAAAUGGUGGUUUGCUAUUGAAACAACAAUUAGUGUUAAAUGAAGGUGGUGUAGAAACGUCAAAGAUCUUUACAGAGAAAGAGCUAAGAGUAGCCACUAACAAUUACGAUGAGAGUCUGGUCCUUGGACGAGGUGGCUAUGGAACCGUUUACAAGGGAACCUUAUCUGACGGCCGUGUAGUCGCCAUUAAGAAGUCGAAAAUAGCUGAUCCUAAUCAAAAUAAGCAAUUUAUAAAUGAGGUUGCUAUUCUCACUAAGAUUCACCAUCGAAACGUGGUGAAGCUCUUAGGAUGCUGUUUAGAAACUGAAGUUCCCUUGCUUUGUUAUGAAUACAUAUCUAAUGGCACCCUCUUCCAACACAUCCAUUCCAACAGUGAUGCGCCUUCCAUUUCUUGGGGAAACCGGUUGAGGAUUGCGGUGGAAAUUGCAAAUGCACUUGCUUAUUUACACUCGGCAGCUGAUAUACCCAUCAUUCACAGAGAUGUCAAGUCUGCCAACAUACUUUUAGAUGAACACUACACUGCAAAAAUUGCCGACUUUGGAGCAUCAAGGUUGAUUCCUUCGGACAAGAAAGAAUUAGCCACAGUAGUACUGGGGACAAAAGGAUAUUUGGAUCCGGAAUACUUCAACACGAGCCAACUGACAGAGAAAAGCGAUGUAUAUAGCUUUGGUGGGGUUCUAGUGGAACUCCUGACAGCAAAAAAGCCAAUUUAUUCAGAGGGGUCUGGAGACUCUGGACCACAUAGAAAUCUUGCUGCGCAUUUCAUUUUGUUGCUGGAAGAAGACAAUCUGUUCGAGCUUGUUGAGGAUCGAGUAGUAAAUGAAGGGCCACUAGAACAAAUUGUUGCAGUUGCCGAGGUUGCAAGGAGAUGCCUUAAGUUGAAAGGUGCAGAGAGGCCAACAAUGCGACAAGUAACCACGGAGCUUGAGAGUUUGAGAGGGGUAGAAAGUCUAAAGACACAUGAAUGCCUUAUCACUUCCACCGCUGCUGAUGAUCCUGAAACAUAUAGUUUCGGUACGGUUACAACAGGUUCAAUGAACAUUCCUAGAUGAUUUUGUGAUUUAUCCAUCUUGAUUGGUUUGGUGACAAUAACUCGUGUUUCACAGCACAACUUUAAUCUUUUUGUGCAUUGGCACAUUCUUGUAAUUAUCAAUCUUUGUUUGGAAAAAUAUCAUCAUUUAUUCCGCAA